CCUGUCGGGCCAAUGGGCGGGGCGCGCGGGCAAAGCGGGGAGGGGCGGGGACCAUGGCCUGCGCGCAGGUGCCGUUCGGCGCCCGGCCCGCCCGUUCCGCCGCUGCCGCCGCCGUCGUGCGUGCCGCUCGGCGGAUGGGCCGGACCUGCGUUCUCUCCUCCUUCCUCCCCGCCUCCGGCUGCCGGCAGGACCUUUCUCUAGCUGCCGCUGGGACCCCGUGUCAUCGCCCAGGCCGAGCACGAUGCCCCCUAAAAAGGGAGGUGACGGAAUUAAACCACCCCCAAUCAUUGGAAGAUUUGGAACCUCACUGAAAAUUGGUAUUGUUGGAUUGCCAAAUGUUGGGAAAUCUACUUUCUUCAAUGUAUUAACCAAUAGUCAGGCUUCAGCAGAAAACUUCCCAUUCUGCACUAUUGAUCCUAAUGAGAGCAGAGUACCUGUGCCAGAUGAAAGGUUUGACUUUCUUUGCCAGUACCACAAACCAGCAAGCAAAAUUCCUGCCUUUCUAAAUGUAGUGGAUAUUGCUGGCCUUGUGAAAGGAGCUCACAAUGGGCAGGGCCUGGGGAAUGCUUUUUUAUCUCAUAUUAGUGCCUGUGAUGGCAUCUUUCAUCUAACACGUGCUUUUGAAGAUGAUGAUAUCACGCAUGUUGAAGGAAGUGUAGAUCCUAUUCGAGAUAUAGAAAUAAUACAUGAAGAGCUUCAGCUUAAAGAUGAGGAAAUGAUUGGGCCCGUUAUAGAUAAACUAGAAAAGGUGGCUGUGAGAGGAGGAGAUAAAAAACUAAAACCUGAAUAUGAUAUAAUGUGCAAAGUAAAAUCCUGGGUUAUAGAUCAAAAGAAACCUGUUCGCUUCUAUCAUGAUUGGAAUGACAAAGAGAUUGAAGUGUUGAAUAAACACUUAUUUUUGACUUCAAAACCAAUGGUCUACUUGGUUAAUCUUUCUGAAAAAGACUACAUUAGAAAGAAAAACAAAUGGUUGAUAAAAAUUAAAGAGUGGGUGGACAAGUAUGACCCAGGUGCCUUGGUCAUUCCUUUUAGUGGGGCCUUGGAACUCAAGUUGCAAGAAUUGAGUGCUGAGGAGAGACAGAAGUAUCUGGAAGCGAACAUGACACAAAGUGCUUUGCCAAAGAUCAUUAAGGCUGGGUUUGCAGCACUCCAACUAGAAUACUUUUUCACUGCAGGCCCAGAUGAAGUGCGUGCAUGGACCAUCAGGAAAGGGACUAAGGCUCCUCAGGCUGCAGGAAAGAUUCACACAGAUUUUGAAAAGGGAUUCAUUAUGGCUGAAGUAAUGAAAUACGAAGAUUUUAAAGAGGAAGGUUCUGAAAAUGCAGUCAAGGCUGCUGGAAAGUACAGACAACAAGGCAGAAAUUAUAUUGUUGAAGAUGGAGAUAUUAUCUUCUUCAAAUUUAACACACCUCAACAACCGAAGAAGAAAUAAAAUUUAGUUAUUGCUCAGAUAAACAUACAACUUCCAAAAGGCAUCUGAGUUUUUUAAAAUUAAAGUUUCUGAAAACCGAUGGGACAAAUAAAAGUUGGGGAGAUGGGAAUCUUCAACAAAUAAAUUAUUUUUAUUUGUUUUAAAUUUAAAAUACUGUGUACCCCCCACACACACACCCCAAUGAAAUGCAAGUUCACUAAAUGUGAACAGCUUUGCUUUUCACGUGAUUAAGACCCUACUCCAAAUUGUAGAAGCUUUUCAGGAACCAUAUUACUCUCAUGAUACUUCAUUAAUCUCCAUCCUGUAUGCCAAGCCUGACACAUUUGACAGUGAGGACAAUGUGGCUUGCUCCUUUUUGAAUCUACAGAUAAUGCAUGUUUUACAGUACUCCAGAUGUCUACACUCAAUAAAACAUUUGACAAAACCA